ACUGCAAUUUGAAUUCCGGAAGUUGUCGUUACUCGGCAAACGACGCUUGUAAACAUAGUUUCAAGAAAGACGACUGGUGAAGUUUCAGAUCUUCAUCUUCACGCAAUAAUAUCUCUACAUCUAGACAUCCUUGUUGACGUAGAUCCUACCUGAGCUUCAACCAUGGGUGCAGAGGAAGAUAAGAAGAAGAAGGCAGCCAAGAUGGCAAGACGGAAGCAGGAAGUACAGCUCCAGCAGGAGAUUGAGACAGCAGAAGAGUGGGAGGAGAUGAUUGCCAAAGAGGGACUGUGGGUGGUGGAUGUGUACCAAGAAUGGUGCGGCCCAUGUGCAGCUAUGGUUGCAAAUUUUCGCCGGUUGAAGAAUGAGUUGGGAGAUGACCUGCUCCACUUUGCUGCAGCCAAGGCAGAUACAGUGGAUUCUCUGGAGAAGUACAGGGGAAGGUGUGAACCAUGCUUCCUUUUCUUUGCUGGUGGAGUUCUGGUUGCGUUUGUCCAUGGCGCCAACUCUCCAGUUAUUCUCAGGACAAUCAUGGAACAGUUGAAAGCAGAGCACAAGGUGAUAGAUGGCAAUGGGGAAAGGAAGGAGGUGAAGGACCCUCUCAUCUCAAAUCUGGAGGAGAGAGAGAAGGCUCAGUAUGAUGAGGAGGAGAAUGAGAAGGAGGAAGAAGAAGAUGACGAUAAUGUCUUAGACUAUCGAGGAGAGCGUUGUAACUAUGGCGACACAUUGACAAUGAGCAGCCAGCUGGAGGAAGAAAAGAAAGGUUUCACUGUGGCCAUUAUCAAACCUGAUGUUGUUCGUGAUGGGAAGGUGGAGGAGAUCUUACAGCAGAUGGAGGAAGCUGGUAUUGAGAUAUUGGAAAAGCAAGAGCGACAGCUGACUGAAGAGGAAGCCAGAACGUUCUACGACCACCUUAAAGAUGAGGAAUAUUUUAAUGACUUGGUCGAAUUCAUGAGCAGUGGUCCCAGUUGUGUUCUUGUACUCACCAAGGGACAAAAGGGAGACACUGUUAUAAAAGAAUGGAGGGAUUUGAUUGGUCCAACUAAUGUUGAGGAGGCCAAGGAUAAGGCUCCAGAGAGUUUACGAGCAAAGUAUGGAUCUGAAAAGUGCAUGAAUGCCCUUCAUGGGAGCGACUCCCCAGAAUGUGCAGCCAGGGAGAUGGCCUUUUUCUUCCCUGACAUGGCGACACCAACCAUCCCUGCACCAGGCUCCCAGCCACAGCUGCAGCGAACAAUGGCCCUCAUCAGACCAGAUGCCUUCGGCAAAAACAAAGAUGAAAUCAUGGAGAAGAUCAAGGAAGCUGGAUUUAAAGUUGCUCUGCAAAAAGAGAUGACAUUAACUGAAGACCAAGCAAAGGAGUUCUAUAAGGAACACACUGAUAAGCCCUACUUUGAUGAAUUGAUAGCAAGAAUGACAAGUGGUCCACUGAUGGCUCUUGGUCUAGCCAGGGAAGAUGCUGUGUCCGAGUGGAGGAAAGUUCUUGGCCCAACAACAAAUGCCAAAGAGGAGGCACCAGACAGUUUACGUGCCCAGUUUUCUAUAGAUGAGUCCUCCAUCAACCAACUGCAUGGAUCAGACUCCAUAGAAACAGCUGAAAAAGAAAUCCAGCACUUCUUCCCAAUGGAACAAACAGUAGCUGCCAUCAAACCUGAUGCUUUUUCAACUAAAGAUGAGAUCAUUGCUAAGAUCCAUGAAGCAGGCUUCAGGAUAGCAGCAAGAAAGGAAACUACCAUAACAAAAGAAAUUGCAGAGGAAUUCUAUGGAGAACACAAAGGCAAAGAGUAUUUCGAUGACCUUGUUGGUCAUAUGACAAGUGGUCCCACUAUGUUCAUGGUGCUAUCAAGGGAAGAUGCUGUGUCAGGGUGGAGAGAAGUCAUCGGCCCAACAAAUCCAGAACAGGCUCAAACAGAAGCACCAGAAUCGUUACGAGCAAUAUAUGGGAAGGAUAUCCUCCUUAAUGCUCUCCAUGGAAGUUCUGAUGUCAACCACGCCAAAAGUACCAUAGAGCAAGUGUUCGGGCAUUUGGAGUUCAAACCUGAUGGUAAUUUGGAAGAUGAAGACUCACAAACAUUACAGAGUGAACCCACAAAAGACCAAGAUGAGCCUGCUGUGGAAGAGACACAAGCUGAGGCCAAUGAUGUUGCUCCUGAGUUCCGACAAGAGGGAACAGAGGAAGAGUCUGGAGAGACUAAACAAGAGACUAGCGAAGACAACGCAGAAGGUGGCACUGCACAAGGGGAGGAUGGGGUCAAGAAGGAGGAGGAGGAUGAACCUCCCAAGCCUGAAGGGGAGGAGGCUGCAAAGCCUGAGGGGGAGGAGGCUGCCAAGCCUGAGGGGGAGGAGGCUGCCAAACCUGAGGGGGAGGAGGCUCAGGCUCAGUCAGAACAGACCGAGAGUGAGCAGCCCAAAGAUGAGGGAGAGGCUCAGGCUAAGGGGGAGAGUGGGGAGGAGGCUCAGGCAAAUCAGGAAACAACUGAAUCUCAGUCCAAAACAGAUCAAGAAGGUGUCACAGAGCAGAAGUCUGAAGAACGUCCUGCCUCAGAAGCCAAGGAAGAGGACAAAACUGAUGACAGCAAAGGAGAAGAUGCUAAAGAAGGGGAUGUCAAAGAUGGAGAAAACAAAGCAGAGGACAAGGCAGAGGAAGAGCAGAAGGGAGAAGAUGCUUCAAAGGCUGCAGAGGAGUCAGAGAAGAAGGAGGAAGAGGCUAAACAGGAGGAAGAUACAAAGGAGGAAGAUGCAAAGAAAGAUGAUGAAACCAAAACUGAGCAGAAGGAAGAGACUAAAUCUGAAGAGCAACAAGCAUCCACCUAGGCAAACCUGCGAGAUUCAAGAUUUGGUCAUCAACAGUCACACAAGAAUUUAUCCACAUCAUUUUUCAUGCAAAGAAGUCCAUUGGAAGAAGCACAACAAAACUAAAACAGCAGAACGUUUACUUGUUUACUGCUGUGUGUAAAAAUGUGUAUAGUUUGCAACUGUAUUUUCACUCACAGUCAACUCAUUCCUAAGACUUAAAUAUCUAUGAAAGUUGUGAUAUUUAAGUCAAUGUUCUGCCAUAAAACUGCAGUGGUAUUAAUUAUUUAUGAACUUUGAAAUCUGGCCAUGUGCUGAUGAAUCCUGUUUACUCUGUUAAUGACUAGGCCAGAAAAGUGUUUAUUUACCCAUGUAUCCUAACAUAUGUUUGUGAUAUCUGUGAUGUUUACAAUAAUUGUUAUACUUUCUAUUUAUUUAAAAUAUGGAAAAAUGUUUUAAUAAAUAUGACUUUGUCACUAA